AAUCCCUCUCUCUCGAUUGCUGCAAUUUACCAUCAUCAUCAUCAUCAUCAUCCAUUCUCCCAUGGCAGAUCCUCGCUCACCGACGACUACCGAUCUCUCCACUUUGCUCGGACUCAACAACAAGAGCUCCACGAGCGUCUUCCACAUCUCGAAGGCGUGCAAGUUCCUUCACCUGAAAUGGCACCACGACAAGAGCCCCUCCAAGAAGACCGAAGCCGAAGCCGACAAGAUUUUAGAUGCGAGAAAGAUCGAUGAAAGAGUCGCGAGCAGCGAUGACGCGACCACGUCAGGCGGUUCGUUGCUUCCCAACCGCAGCGUCGACGACAGCUUCUUCUUUCGCCGUUCGUUGCUAUCAAAGAGUUUGAGCAGGAGGAGCAAAACACCGACCCCUUCGCUGUCGAGGAUGGGGAGCCGGAUCAACACGACCUCGUCCUCGUCGGAUUUCAGUACUCUGUUACGGAGCAUGAGCAAAAAGGCGGGAUCCGAAGCCGAGGCUCCGGCCAUCCUGUCGAGGAACAUGAGCAGGAAAGGAAGCACUCCAAUUGUGUUUUCGCACACGGCGGCCCGGCGAAAGCCCGCGCCAAUAGACAAGAAGCUGGAGUGCACGUUGGAAGAGCUGUUUCUAGGAUCUGUUAAGAAAGUUAAAAUCAAACGAGACGUGAUUAGUGACACGGGGAUCAUCCAAGAAGAGGAGACGUUGAAGAUCAACGUGAAGCCCGGAUGGAAGAAAGGGACGAAGAUCUCGUUCGAAGGGAAAGGCGACGAAAGGCCUGGGUACCUGCCGGCCGACAUUGUCUUCUCGAUCGAGGAGAAGAGGCAUCCGUUGUUCAAGAGAAGAGGGGACGAUCUGGAGAUAGCGGUCGAGAUCCCGCUGGUGCAAGCCCUGACUGGAUGCACCCUCUCCGUCCCGCUAUUAGGGGGCGAGGACAUGAGGGUUCCGCUCGAAGAGAUCAUCUUCCCAGGGUACGAGAAGGCCAUCCUGGGGCAAGGCAUGCCGAACCCGAAGGAGAAAGGCAAGCGGGGCGAUCUCCGGCUCAAGUUCUUCGUCGAGUUCCCGGACAAUUUGGAUGAUGAACAAAGGUCCGAAAUCUGUAGCAUUCUUGAGGAUUGUUGUUAUACGUGAUCCUGUAUAUCUAGGGUUGCUUCUUUCUCUAAAAUUUCACACUAGGAUUGAGAUUCUUGAUAUACAAUCAAAUGGGACUGGUGAUGCACUUGU